AUCAAGCUCGAAAUAAAUACCGUGCGGGUUCCCCGAGUCAUCGAUCGCGGCGGUUCGAUAAUCGAAGCAAAAAAUAAAAUUCGAUUGGGUCAUGACGAGUGUUGCAAUUGCUGUUGCUGUUGUUCACCUCAACCCAAGUGUUUGAAAUACGUUCAACCCGAAAAGACUAAACCUUUUAAGCCGAUGCGCUUCUAUUCCAAACAAGAAUGUCCGAUGGAUGAUCAAACCACAUACAAACUUUCAUUUUGGGAUGGACCUGUGACGGUCAGAAGUGAACAGGCGACUCGACCACCGGAUUCUUUGACCGUCGGGGAUGGACCCAUUUCUGAAGAAACUGUACACAAAAUGAGCUAUUUAGGAAAUUGGUGCGUGCAAACGGAGCCUCCCUGUAUGCCAUGUACAAGAUCGUGGGUUGCCCGCGGUCCGGUGCAGGACGUAACUACUCACAAACACGAUUACACGUGGAAAAUGGUCGAGAGAGAAGAGCCUUAUUCGGAGCAGCAAGGGAACAGUUUGCACAUUCCUUGUGCCGCGAUGUCUGACGACACGACGUACAGAUUGAGUUAUUACAACUCGACGUGUCGCAUACCCGUGAAGCCUUUCAAGCCGUUCAGACGUUACGAAAAAUCCGAUGUUCCCAUGGAUGGAUGCACCACUUACAGGCUCAGCUAUUGGCCCAAUGAGGCCACAGCCAAGGAGCCGCAACCAUGGAAUUCGAGGUUGUCUUACGUCCCACCGACCACCCCGAUGGACGGCUGCACCACUUACAAACUCAGCUACUGGCCGCACAGAGAACCACGAAGAACGCCGUACUCUGCCCAGCAAGAAUCGAACAACGUUCUCAACGCCGGUUGCUGCUUCGACGACAAUACAACGUACAAUUUGAGUUAUUUCGGGUGCGGUGGUGAGCGACCACCUGCGGCCAAACCUUUGCCAAAUGCUGACCUUUUCUCCAAAUGUCCACUGUCGUACGAUACGGUUAAUCGGUUGAGCUACUUGGGAAAUUGGUGUGUCAAGCCCGACCCUCCGUGUAUUCCGUGCACCAAAAACCUCAUGGCAAGAGGACCGAUGCAGGACGUAACGACCCAGAGACACGAUUAUACGUGGAAAAGUACGGAUUUCGAACUCGCGGAGGGUUAUCAUCCGGAGGACAGCCUCGUACUGUCUCCACUUCCCCUCGACUGCUGCACAACUCACAGGCUAUCCUACUUCCCGAAUAAUAUAAAAUGCCUGACCAGAGAGAAGCCUUUUAAACCUGCAAGGAAAUACUGCCCUCAAGAUGUUCCUAUGGACUCCGAGACUACCAUGAGCCUCAGCUAUCAACCUGUCGAAAUCCCUGUACCGCAAGAAAAACCUUGGAUCACAACGGCUGCCUAUAAUCCACCUGUCAUUCCCGUCGACGAUAGUACAACCUAUAAUUUGAGUUACAUACCGCCUGGCACUUUGGUUCCUUCGGAUGAACCCUGCGACCCUCCACCAGACCUAUGCGCAGUUUCUCCAUCUCCUUUUCCAUGUCCAUCAUGCAUCAGACUACCCUGCGAUACGAACGCUUUUUCGCCGUUACCUUAGCGCCGAGUGGGAUCCCCCUUUUUUGAGCAUUUACAGCCAUGUACAUACAUUAUUUCUAGUGACGAUAUUAUCCGUUUUGUGUAGUCGUGUACUGUCCUAUUUAUUAAAUGAAAUAUUUUACCACGAA